UUUUAAGAGUAAUCCGCACGUAUUUUUUUCAUAGAUUCAUCUUUUCUUCUCUCUUAUCAUUUUGAAAUCUUUAUAUUCUAUUGGACACAUUUUUCCUCACAACAAAUAUUAUUCCCUCUUAUCUUUCAAAGCUAAGAAAUUCAUUCAAACAAGAACACUUCCUCUCUUUCACAUGGCUUCCAACAACAAUCUCAAAAUCCACGAACACUUCAAAGUUGUUCCUCAAUCAUCAUCAACCCAAACAACAACACUCCCUCUCACAUUCUUCGACACACUUUGGCUAAGAUUCCAUCCAGUAGAACGUAUUUUCUUCUACACCCUCCCAAAUUCACAAUCACACCCCUCUCACUUCUUCCAAAAAAUUAUUCCAAAUCUAAAGUCUUCACUCUCUUUAACCCUCCAGCAUUUUCUCCCCUUAGCUGGUAAAAUCGUUUGGCCUUCAGAAAAACCAAUAAUCCAAUACACACCAAAUGAUUCUGUUUCAUUGAUCAUUGCUGAAUCUGAUUCAGAUUUCAACCAUGUCAUUGAAAAUUCACCUCAUGAGGCUUCUCUGUCUCGUUCUUUUAUACCCCAUUUAGAAUCAACCGAUUCUUUUGCUUCUAUUAUCUCCAUUCAGAUAACCCUUUUUCCAAAAAAUGGAUUUUCCAUCGGAAUCACCACUCAUCAUGCUGUUCUUGAUGGAAAAUCUUCAACCAUGUUCAUCGAAGCUUGGUCUUAUCUAAACAAAAAAACAAUUGAAACAGAACAACAUUUUCCAACUUUGUUACCAAAGUUAGAACCUUUAUUCAAUAGAGAAAUCAUCAAAGACCAAAAUGAACUUAGUGAUUUAUUCAUGAAUAACUGGAAAAGCUUCUUAACCCAGAUGUUCCCAAAUGAAAAAGGAAACGAAAAAUGCUUGAAAAUUUUACCUUUUGAACCAAAACUCAAAGACCAUGUUCGUGCAACUUUCAACCUCACACGUGAAGAUUUGGAUAAAAUAAAGAAAAGGGUAUUAUCAAAAUGGGAAAAUUUUUACACCAAUGAGUCAAAGCCACAAAAUUUAUCAUCUUUUGUUCUUACUUGUGCUUACUCACUCAUUUGUAUUGCAAAAGCUAUUCAUGGAGUUGAAAAGGAGAAAGAGAAAUUUUCAUUUGCUUUCACAGUUGAUUGUAGAACAAGGUUAGAACCGUCAAUACCAAAUAAUUAUUUUGGGAAUUGUGUCUGGGGACGUAUGGUUGAAUCACAACCGUUGGAUUUCAUAAAGGAAGAUGGUUUGGUUUUAGUAGCUAAAAGUAUUUAUGAUACAAUAAAGAUGAUAAAUGAAAAAGGUGUUCUUGAAGGAGCAAAUGAUGUAUUUUCUAAAUAUGCUUCUUUGGCUAGUGAAAAAGUUGAAAUGAUAAGUGUGGCAGGGUCUAAUAGAUUUGGUGUUUAUGGAAUUGAUUUUGGUUGGGGAAAAGCUUCUAAAGUGGAGAUAAUAUCAAUUGAUAGAGGUUUAACUAUUGGUUUGGCAGAAAGCAAAGAUGGGAGUGGUGGAAUUGAAAUUGGACUUGUUCUUAAAAAGAAUGUGAUGGAUCUUUUUAGCACUUUGUUUCAUGAAGGAUUAUGUAUUACUUGAUGAUUGUGGGGUGCAAGUGCAAUUAUUAUGGUGAUUAAUCUUUAAUCUUUCUAUUUAUGGAUUAGAUCAAGUGGAUAUCAUUCAUCAGUAAUUUUAAGUUUGUAUUUCGAACCAAAAAUAGUAUUGAGUUUUUUUCUUCUUGAAUUAUGUUCUAAACAAGUUUUAGCUUACAUUUGAUUUAGUGGUAGCUAUUUAUGAUUUUGGAUAAAUUUAUUUUAUUAAAUCAAUUUUGAUUAAUACUAUUUUCUAGUAUUAGUUAUCAUAAUCAAUAGAGAUGAAUAAUUAUUGUGUCCCGGGUUUGUAUUUCCUUUACAUUUCUCAGACAUUGCAAUGUGCUGUCGACAUGAAUUUUGUGAAGCUACACUUUCAAGCA